AUGAACGCCAAGCUGACAACACUGGCCAGUCACAAUCAACCAAGGUUCCAACCUGGCAAUCUUGAACAUAAUGCAAACCUGUAUGAGCGGGUUUGUGAAAUAGCAGCAAAGAAGGGAUGUACGCCAUCACAGCUAGCAUUGGCUUGGGUUCAGCACCAAGGGAAUGACGUGUGUCCCAUUCCGGGUACAACUAAGAUUGAGAACCUCAACCAGAACAUUGGAGCUUUGUCUGUAAAGCUUACACCGGAAGAGAUGGCUGAGCUCGAAUCCAUUGCUUCAGUUGAUGCAGUCAAGGGUGAUAGAUAUGAGUCUGGUAUGUCUACUUGGAAGACUUCAGACACUCCGCCAUUGUCCUCGUGGAAAGCUUAA